CAGUGGAGUCUGGAAUACUGUUACUGCUCAAACAUGUGAGUGAAAUUAUGGCUUAAAAAAUGUGUUUUUCUCAAAUGUGUUAAUUAAAAAUAAUAACUAAAAGUACACGAUAAAUUAUAAUGUUUAGUACAUUGUUUUAAGAUCUUAACUUUAUAUUGUUAUUACAAAAAUGUGAUAUAUAAUUUUUCUCAUAGGAAUUUGGAUUUGUUAAGAAUUAAAGCUGUAACCGAAAAUGACCAUUAAUAAAAAGCUAUUGCCCAUAAAGGGGCACUUUUUUCUGUUCAAUGCAGGAACUGCUCCGCUUGUACCGUAUUUGUCGACAUAUGCUCGACAGCUCGGUUUCACUUCUGCAACAGUCGGCUUGAUUUACACCAUCCUGCCAAUAUUCGGACUCGUCGCUAAACCGUUGUUCGGUGUCAUUGCGGACAGGUUUAAAAUUCAAAAAACUCUAUUUAUACUUUUCCAAGUUGUGACGAUUGUGAGUUUCUCGGCCAUAUAUUUCAUACCGGAGAAUGCAUCGAAGGCAUCCGUUGACCUGGACUGUGGUAAUGGUGCUUCCACCCUUAGAAGUUGUUACCAAGACGCCUCCCUGAUAGACCAGUGUAAAGUGACAACUCUGAGCAAGGAUAACUCUACAGCUAUAUGCAAUAUGAAGUGCGACAUGGACUCCCCUGAAAUGUGGCAGACGGUGUGCGAACACUGGCAUAUUCCUCGCUACUGUUACAACAAUGUCAAGUCAAUAAAAUACACCGCGAAUAUAAAUGAGAUCAACGAGAUCGAUGACUGUGUCGACAUGAGCUCUUCCUCUGUCGUGCUCGAUGGCUACAAGUACUCACCGAAAUGUCGAAACGAUUCCGGUUAUGUCAAUCUUAACGAGCCUUGCUCUAUGAACUGCGAAGACAACGCCCUCGCAAAUCUCAUCAACUCGACCAAAGUUAAUAUGACUUGUGAAGAACUAAUGCUAAACCUUCGUCUCUGUUCGUACGAUUUGAAUGCCCUGGUGAAUGUUACCACUGGAACCGAAUCGAUUGGUGAUUGUGAGGUAAUAUGCGCUAUAGACUCGCCGUUGGUAAUUAUGGAGAUAUGUGAGAGUUGGAACGCUGACAAAGCUGUUACUUGUAAAGCGAACAACGUGAACAGCUUGCCUUCGGACCUGAGCUUCGACGCUUCGUUGCUGUUGCACAAGACGAUGGCGGAACACAAAUGCUUGUACAUGGAAGUGGAACAUAUCAAACUAUCGGACGGUUCUAUACACUAUCCGUACUGUGGACCCAAAGCUGAUUACGAGCCAAGGUUGAAUGAAUUUCACUCGUUUUGUAAAAUUGAGUGCAAUAAUGAAAUAGUAAAUGAAUUAUUAAGAUCCAGUUCGGAAAGUCAUAAGAAUGAGACUCAGUACACAAAACAGUUCUGGAUGUUCUUCCUGAUGAUGACCAUCAGCUGGAUUGGGCAAGCCGUUGUGGUUACCUUUGCUGAUGCCAUCUGCUUUAACUUACUCGGUACAAACGUUGCGUCAUAUGGGAAGCAAAGGCUUUGGGGUUCAGUUGGUUGGGGUAUAUUUUCCCUAUUGACGGGAACCCUUAUAGACUUGUUCAGUGGCGGGGUAUCUAAGGACUACACCGUCGCAUUUAUACUGAUGUUCGUCUUCAUGUUCGGCGACGUGAUCGUAUCCUGCUAUACACAGGUUGAUUCAACAAAAAUGUCGAUCAAUAUAUUAGCCGAUGUCGGAAGUCUACUUACGUCUCUGCCGACGUUUGCCUUCUUGCUCUGGACAAUCGCGGUCGGCCUAUGCACUGGACUCUUGUGGCAAUUCUUAUUCUGGCAUAUCGAGGAUGUUGCUGGCCAGUCUUGCGAUGGUUCCAACUAUGUGAAGACUUUACAAGGAUUAGUCAGUGCGAUCCAGACCUUCGGCGGCGAGAUACCCUUCAUGUUUCUAUCUGGAUAUCUUCUUAAAAAGAUCGGUCACAUCAACAUGAUGACUUUGGUUCUGUUUGCGUUUGGCUUCCGCUUCUUGCUGUACUCCUUCCUGACCGACGCAUGGUGGAUUCUACCGAUUGAGAUGUUCCAAGGUAUAACGUUCGGAAUGUUCUACCCGACUAUGACGUCAUAUGCAAACGUUGUGUCGCCGGCAGGAACCGAAACCACAGUUCAGGGUCUCGUCGGUGCUGUUUUCGAAGGAGUCGGCUCGUCCCUCGGUAGCUUCAUAGGGGGUUUAUUGUACGAGAACUAUGGCGGCUGGCACACAUUCCGUUGGUUCGGUUACGGGGCUUUCGUCGCCUGUGGUCUUCACGUCUUAGGCCAGUACUGGUUGAGGAACAAACAUCAACAUGUCGGAAUGACUCAAGGUUUCACGAACGUUGUUCGAUACGGGCAGGGUAUCGACGGCGCCGCAGUGUACAUGCUAGCCGACGUCGACGAAGAUCUACACAGUCAUAUCAUAUAUCAGUAAUAUGUUUAAUUUACAUCACGAUUACUGAAGAUAUAUCAUUCCGUAUUACCAAUGGCAUUAGUACUUAAUCGAUGUUAGUAUUAAUUUAUUAAAUACGUCAUAUAAUAUCGGCUACGA